AUCGCGCGCGAAGAGGUGUUGGGCGAGGCUGCGGAGGAGCGCUGGACUGUGGCUGCUAAAGUGCUAGUGGGGCUGCCUCAUACACCUUUUUUGUCCCGCGCCUUGGGCAUUCCCCCGGCACAUUGAAUGGCUGUGCUUGCCCAGCCCUCAAGAGAGAGGGACGUCUGUGCUGAAACCGAAAAGUCAUAUUAGCGGAUUUAUGAAGCGUGCCGAAAGCGAGAAGAGGGCCCCAAAAUGUGUUCACUUGUACACCUUUUUUUUUUUUUUUUUUUCGGACUCAGAAGGACUGCGUUGUUUUUCACAGUUACAGUUCACGACGAGGCUGUCCAAGCACUUACGGUGAUGAACCUGCAAAGGAGACUGAAGAGGCGUUUAUUAUUAGAGAAGGCAAGGGAAAACAGCGUUUCACGGAGGGAGUGAUUAACCGCAGAGUGCUGCUAGGAAGUCAAGUGUUUUCAAAGCUGAAAAUGAUCCUUGGGGAUGAAAUCUGAAGAACACAGAACAGAAAGAUGGGAUGAUGCUGGAUCCUUGGUGAUGUCAUUCAGCCACUGAAUUGGAAUCCAUAGGCUACUUAUUCUACCUCCAAACAUCUGAGAUAUCAUAUUUCUGUGUUGUUAAAUUUCUGGUAAUUAUAAAUAAAGACAUUCUAACUUUAUACAAAUUCCAGAAUGUAGACGACUUGGUGCUCAACUGGCUCUCUUAAUCCAGAAAUUCCAAGUUUACAUUUCCAGUGACUGAGGAUGACCAAAAUAAAAGACAUGAAUGGAAUCAGUUGGUCUUGAAGUUCUGAACGGAACUCUGGUACAAAGUUAUUUUGGAGUCAGAACCAACAGAGCUCUAAUAUUCCUUGGGUCUGAAAAUUGCAGCAACUGGUGAGACAGAAGCUAUUAUGAAUAAUGCUACUAUGAACAUUCCUGUACAAGUUUUGGUGUGGACAUAUAUGUUUUCAUUUCUCUUGGAUAUAUAUCUAGGAGUACAAGUGCUGAGUCAUAUGGGAUAAUUCUAUGUUCAACAUUUUGAUGAACUACCAGACUAUUUUCAAAAGCAACUGCAGCAUUAUACAGUCCUACCAGCUAUGUAUGAGGUUUCUAAUUUCUCCAUAUGUUGUCAACACUUAUUAUUGUCUUUUUUUAAAUUAUAAUCAUCCCAAUAGGUCUCAUGGCAGAAUGGAAGACUUUACUGAAGCCAAAUCUUUGGAUAUUGGGCCCAUCUAUUUCUUUGAUCAGAUGAAACCAAAAAGGAAAAUAUGGGAAAAAAGAGAACAUGAAGGCCAUUUCCCCCAUUUGAGAUACACCUCAAGAGCUAUUUAUAGUCAUACAAACAGUACAGUAUCUAAAGAACAAAAGGAAGCAAGACUAUCUACAGUAUCUGAAUGUGAGAAGAAAGAUGAAUUCCAUUCAUCUGGGAUCUCACAAAUUUCUGGUGUUUCCAAGUUUUCAUCUAACCUUCGAUUCACCAAAAUAUACCGGCAAAAGAAUCUAUUUGAAGAAUAUAAACUGAUUGCUGCUGAAAUACUGAGUGAACUUGGGGAGAUAUUGCAGAAAUAUGCUGAGUAUAACAUUACUUUCCCUGCGGGAAUUGUAAAUCUUAUGAAUUACAGCUGGCAUGAUCUUAUUGAAGGUGUUUGUAAGUGUGCAACAAAAAAUUUGAAGAAAAACAAUGCCUUAAAAAGAGAUUCCAAAAACAUGACCCAAAUCGGCACCUGUGCAAAAGAGGAAUAUCAUAAGGAAAAUCAUCUUGUGAAAGCAAAAAAAGACCACCCUGUUUCAUCGGCUCUUGUCAAACAAAACCAGUAUUCACAGAUCCCACAGGAUAGCCAUUUACCUGUUGUCAUCCACUUCUCCCUGUUAUCCAAGAUCUGUUUAGAAAAUGGUUGGAUCUUUCAACAUCCUCACUCAAAAUUGGAAAUUCUGAAAUGGAAGACAAUCCUCAAUACUGCUGUGAAGAGACUACAAGAAGCCAUAAUUCAAAUAAAAGCAGAAGAAGCAAAGCUUAAAAAAGAAGGAUUCAACAAAUGUCUUAUCCUGCGCCACUAUAAUGAUCCUAAAGGCAUGGUGAAGGUAGACAACAGUCCCAAAGUUUCCCAAUGUUUCUGGCUGGAGCUGCUGAAGAGGAAGCCUAAGAUGCCAACAGUCAAAGAGGCUGAUCCAGAGAUGAAAAAGUUCCAUUAUGCCCUGGUAGACGGUUCCUCUUUGACCUACUAUCCUUCUGGCCGCCUCGCUGUCUGCCAAAGCUAUUCAGCUCUCCCUUGGGGUGGCAUGUACACCAACAUAUUCAGUGACCUGCCCAAUCAAGUUAUCCUGGGAACCUUUACACCUUUUGGAUGUGGUAGCAUUUCUUUUCCUAAAAGCCUAAUAAUAUCAAUGAUGUUUAAUCAGGAUGGUGGCAUGGUGAUCGGCAAAAAAGGAAACAUUAUAAGGGAAUGGAUGUGGCCUUCAAAGGGAAAACUUGAUGAUCCAGUUGAAAUUUGGGUGAACGAGUUCAUUACAGUGGAGAUUUCUGGGCGCUUUGCCAUAACCUUGGUCUACAAAUGGCAUCCCCAAAGCCUAAAGCUAUCUCUGGCACCUGUAAAGUGCAAGUUUUUCCAUCAAGGCUUACCUGAGGAGCCAUUCCCUGAUGUCAACCCCAUCUCCAAAGAAGCCAUGGAGUUAUUCAAGGCCUAUAAAGUAAAGUGCAAACAUAUGAAAUCUGCAACACAGGACAAAGAUCCUUCAAGUUUAACAGACACAAUGAAAAUAGCUACGUUUGAUCCCGUAAUGGACAUAAGCCCUAUGUCUGACAUCACAACAGUUAUUAAAUUAAGAAGACUGCAGAAAAAGGUCAAGCACAUCCUACUUCACUGGCUGGAUUACUACAGAUUUGCUUUAGGAAUUGAAUCCCUGUACAUUUGCAAAAUACCCAAGUCGCCACAAAAAGUGAUCAAGAAACAAAAAGUCUCAUCAGCAAAAUUUCCUCUGAAACAAAGUACAAAGGAAAAAGAUGAGAAUAAGGAGUAUCUUCAAUACCAAAAUACCUUCCUAAAACUGAAAGGUAUCUUUCGGCCUUCGCCUCUCUAUUGCAUCCGGAAGACCCCAGUCAGCAAUCAGUACCUCAGGCUUCCUCUUCCUCCCAUUGAGAGCAAGGACGCAUGGUUUGCUUCCCAGCUGCUUUGUCCUGUGGUCCUCAGGAGGACACUGUGUGGGAAGGAAGGGGGCACAUGCCAAUGUGGCACUUACAGCAUCCCUGAAGUGACAGACCUGGAGUAUGAUCACCUUAUAAGCACCCAGCUGUCCUCCGUGGAUCAGGUCAUUAUAGUCCACGUGACCUCAGCUAAGGAAACAGACAAGACUAUAAAAGAAAUGGCCCAAGUGUAUAGGAAACUGAACAGAUCCAAAAGCAUGCUUUGCAUUCAGAGUUGUUCAGAUCCCUUUCGAUUGCUCAAAUACAACAUCACCUCUGCAUCUAAAUUUACUGGCAACAGUUGUCCACUUCUGGUUCAAAGGCACAAUGUCAUUCCAGGAAUUUUUUUGAUGUACAUUAGGGGAAAAUUAGUAUUUGCCAACUUUAUUUUCAAUGGCUAUAGCACAUCUGCUAAAGACCUUCAAAAGCAAAUUGUGAAGACAAAGAGUGAUUAUCAUACAGGAUAUUUCCUACCCAAUGACUUCAGGAUCCGGUAGAGUAACUAAUAUAUUCUAUCUUGUCUCACACUUUUAAUUAGUAAAUCCCAGAUAAGGGCCAAAUUUCAAGAACUGCCCUUAUGAA